UCUCUGGCAGUGGUCUGCUCCUCACUCCAGCUGAUCGGCCCAGGAUUCCCCGGUGGCUCUGUCCGUCGCUGCUUUUGACGGCUCCGGUGUCUCAACGUCGACUUAAACUGCUUUAAUUUCACCGAGUCAGUGGCCGCUCGUGUCGGCAAGUCGCUCCACGUCUAGUGGAACUCCGAAAGACAGUCUGGCCGUGGGUGUUGACUCUGUACUCGUAAAAAAAAGAAGAAGAAGAGGAAGAAGAAGAAGAAGAAGAAAAAAAAGCCAGGGGAUCUGAACGCAAAUACGAGGCCCUCACUCCAUCCCCGGAUUCACCUGCUACGCGAAGAGCCUCACACGGAAGACCGACAUGGGGGACACGGGGAGCGAGGGCAGCAAGCCUCCGAGCAACGUUAACGUUAUACCCCCGCGCUGCCCCUGCGGUUUUUGGGGGUCGAGCAAAACUAUGAAUCUCUGCUCAAAAUGUUUUGCAGACAUUCAGAAGAAACAGCCAGACGAUGAUCGUGCCUCAAAGGCCUCCUCGAGCUCCAGCAGCAGCCAAGGAGACAUAUUCUGUAAUGACACAAACAGCAGCAUUAGUCAAUCACUGAUGUCGGUGCCUAACACAUCAGAAGAACCUUCGCCAGAAGAGACGGCGGCGUCAUCUCUACCUGCUCAGGACGAAGUAUCCAGCACAGACGCAGUCUUCAGUUCACUCUCCACUCCCACAAAACGCUCCUUUGAGUCAGAGUCAGAAAGUGACGUCUCACCCGAGAAGCGAGUGAGAGUGGGUGAGGUGCCGGAGGGCGAGGAGUCCUCGUCAUCGUUCUCGUCCGCAUCAUCAUCAUCAUCCUCGUCUCGCAGCGGCUCCAAACAGCGGAGCCGCAAACGUUGCCAUCGCUGCCAAACCAAACUGGAGCUGGUACAGCAAGAGCUGGGUUCCUGUCGCUGUGGUUACGUCUUCUGUAUGCUCCACCGGCUCCCGGAGCAACACGAGUGUCUGUUCGACCACCUGGGCCGUGGCCGCCAGGAGGCCGUCCUCAAGAUGGUCAAGCUCGACCGCAAGGUGGGCCGCUCGUGCCAGCGCAUCGGAGAGGAAUGCUCCUGAGCGACUUUCCCCCCCUUUCCUCGAAUCUCGGUGUUCAGACAGUGUCUUAGCACUAACAGGGAUUACAUAAUUUUUUUUUUCCUCCUUUCAUUUUUGUUUUUUCAAGAUUUUUCCAGGAUUUUUUGGAUACAAACCUCCACUUCUUUUCUUUUUAAAUUAUGCUCGCUCCUUUUUGGGGGGGGGGGGAUCCCACUGUUACUCCCAUUGUAUUCUGCUUCUGUUGGCUUGAUCAUAUCCCUGCUGCUAAGAUGCCUUUUGGGGAAAAAGGAAAUACAGAAUUUCUUCACUUAUUUGCGAGCUCCUGGCUACACACAAGUGAGCGGAGUAAGAAUGAAUAAAAGGAUGAAGAGAAGAAAUACAAACGCUUUAUACAAAUGUUUGUCUUGGAAGCCAGUUUAUGACUAAACUCUUUACCUCAAAAGAAGAAAAGAAAAACGAACGACGAGGCAGAGGAGGAUGAAGGGAUGGCAGACUGUGCUCUUUACCUCAAAAUCAGACAGAGCUGCUUUGUUCUCUGAGACGAGCGUGGACUUUGAAGCAAACCGAGCUAGUCAGCCUCAGUUUAAGUCAGUGUCUUACUCCCCUGGCCGUCCACUUCCCCCUAAACUUUUAGAAACACCUGUUAAUCAUCGACCUCAGGUUAUCAGGAUAUCAAAGCCCAAUCUUCACCUCCCCCCCAACAACUUGCAUCCUUCUCUUUUCUACCGCUGGACACCCUUUGCGCCACUAUUUGUUUGUUUCAGGUUUGCUCCAAAGGCAUUUCUGCUUUGUUGAGGACGCCACGACGGCUAAUGAAACUGGGUUUGAAUGUGUAAAUCCACCUUUAAUUUUAGGUGGGAGUGAGCUGGUUGUCUUCGGAUUGCACACGGAUCUAUCUUCACCUUUGGGAUGUGAUUGAUCAGGACUCAGAUUGUUUGCAGAUUUUCUCUGUCUUCCUUUUCUCUGCUCAGUCUUUCCCUCGUUUUUUUCCCCCCUCCACAGCCCUCCCACAUGAAGACAUGUUUUCUUCUCUCUCUCACACACACACACGCACACACACACACAAAAGACUCUUUUUCAGCAACGCGUGCUGGACGAAACGACAGGAAGACGACAUUUACAAUAUGUGACGUGCAUGAAAGUGUGUACGAUUCACGACCGGACCUAAAGUGACUGCUUUCUACACAUCCAAACAUAAUUAUGCUUUUUGUGAAUACACACUUCUGUCGAUUCGUGUGCUCGGCUGUUGUUCACAUUGAGCACGAGCAGGCAGAAACGUUUGCUGUACAGGUCGAGUUCGGACUGAAGUUGAGAUGGUUCCUGUUCAAAAUGGGUGAUAGUUGUUAAAAGUUCAGGUUACUCGUAAUGUCUUAGGCCUUCAUUUCAGUUAUCCACAUUUCUAAGGUGACACUUUGAUACGAGACUUCAUAUUGUUUGGGUUUUCCACUCCUUGGAUCAGUGCGUUAAUGUGUUUCCAUUCAGAGCUAGCAUGAUGCGCUCACAUGCAUUCUCCUCCUCCCGCCCUUUCACCAUCCUUUUCUCAUCUUCCCCAGUAUUGAUUGCUCUAUUUUUUUUUCCUUUCCUCUCUGCUCCCUCCUGCCCCCUUCCCUCUUUCUCGCUUCAGACGAGGGGGGCGGCGGCCGUGGUGAGCAGAGCGCUGAAAGUUAAAAUCAGCAAAUAAUUACCCUCCAAACGUUUUCCUGGCGGACUGUGGGAGGAAUGAACAGAAGAUGAAUAAUGAAUGAAUAUUCUGUAUCUUAAAGAAAAACCUUAUUUAACUCCUUUUUUGCGUUUCCCUUACACUUUAUAGUAGAGCUGCUUAUUUUCUCUUCUUCUCGGUUGUAAUAUGGUUACGACAACUGGAAGAUGAACGUGGAAAAAAUUGACAUUUUUGUUUCCAUUGCUUUACUUUUGGCUUCCCCUUUCCAACCUUUUUUCUUUUAUUGAGAAAGAAUAAACUGGAUAGAUAAAGUUUAAA